CAAACACUCCCUUGCUCUCAAGCACACGCCGCCCCCCAUCUCCCUCUCUGAACCUUCUGGAUUCCCUCCCUCACGGCCUCACUCUCUGUUACAGACCUGGAACUCCUCUCUGUCAGGCGCUCUCUCGGCUGUUAGGAAGUAUCUGGAAGGCCUUUCCCUUAGCAUCUCUCUCGGCCGCUGCUCAGGAGUCGGGACAACGUGGCAGUGCAACUGUAUCAGCUUGGGCCUUACUGUAGGAGCCAUUGCUGUUGUUCUCUCACACAAGGACCUUGUAGCUUCUGUCCUCUUCUUUCUUUAUCUUAAACAUAAGCAGAAUUCCAAAUUAGAAGUGGAAGUAGCUAUGGCUGAUGAGCAGCCGAAGCGAAAGCGGAAGGAGGAAGAGGAUGGGGAGAAGGCGGAGAAAAAGGUGAAGAGUGAGAGUGGGAUUAUGAGUGUAGAGUCCUUUGACUCUUUAGGAUUAUCUGAACCUACUCUCAAGGCUAUUCAGGAGAUGGGAUUUCAGUAUUUGACUAAGAUACAAGCUGGAGCAAUUCCACCCCUUCUAAUCGGCAAAGAUGUUCUUGGUGCUGCAAGGACAGGUUCUGGGAAAACACUUGCUUUCUUAAUACCGGCUGUGGAGUUGUUAUAUAAUGUCAGUUUCACUCCUCGCAAUGGAACAGGCGUUGUUGUCAUUUGCCCAACAAGGGAACUUGCCAUACAGACUCAUGCUGUUGCAAAGGACCUUCUCAAAUAUCACUCGCAAACUCUUGGCUUGGUCAUAGGGGGUUCUGCUAGAAAAGGAGAAGCAGAACGCAUCGUUAAAGGGGUAAAUUUAUUGGUUGCAACCCCUGGUCGACUUCUUGAUCAUCUUCAAAAUACAAAGGGAUUUAUAUACAAGAACUUGAAGUGCCUCAUGAUUGAUGAAGCGGAUAGGAUAUUGGAGGCCAACUUUGAGGAAGAAAUGAAACAAAUUAUCAAGCUUCUUCCAAAGAGUAGGCAAACUGCUUUAUUUUCAGCGACUCAAACUAAGAAGGUUGAGGAUCUUGCCUGCUUGUCAUUUCAGACUACUCCUAUCUAUGUUGAUGUGGAUGAUGGAAGAACUAAGGUCACAAAUGAAGGGUUGCAGCAAGGCUAUUGUGUAGUGCAUUGUGCCAAGAGAUUUAUUCUUCUCUACUCAUUUCUGAAGAGGAAUUUAUCGAAGAAAGUGAUGGUCUUCUUCUCUUCAUGUAACUCGGUCAAGUUCCACUCUGAACUUCUCAGAUACAUUCAGGUUGAAUGCCUUGAUAUCCAUGGAAAACAAAAGCAGCAGAAACGGACCUCUACCUUUUUUGAUUUCUGCAAAGCAGAGAAGGGGAUCUUGCUAUGUACUGAUGUUGCUGCUCGUGGACUUGAUAUUCCUGCUGUGGACUGGAUAGUGCAGUAUGAUCCUCCUGAUGAACCCAAGGAGUACAUUCAUAGGGUUGGCCGUACAGCCCGUGGAGAAGGUGCGAAAGGAAAUGCCCUGCUUUUUCUGAUUCCAGAAGAGCUGCUGUUUCUGCGCUAUCUGAAGGCAGCAAAAGUCCCCGUUAAAGAAUAUGAAUUUGAUAAUAAGAAGCUGGCAAACGUUCAGUCUCAUCUGGAGAAGUUGGUGGCAAACAACUAUUAUUUGAACAAAUCUGCUAAAGAUGCAUAUCGAUCCUACGUAUUGGCCUACAAUUCACACUCUAUGAAAGACAUAUUUAAUGUCCACCGCCUUGAUCUACAGGCGGUUGCAGCUUCAUUUUGCUUUUCUUGUCCACCAAAGGUGAAUCUGAACAUAGACAGUAAUGCUUCCAAAUUUAGAAAGAAAAAGCAUAAAGGGAGUAAAAAUGGGUUCAAUGAGAGCAACCCUUAUGGAAGGCAGAGUGAUGGAGAUGAUAAACGACAAUUUGUGAGACAUUAGCAGGAAUGUUGUCAGCAGGUAACAAUUUUGUGUAAAAUUAUGCUUUUUUUUAAAAAAAAAAACAUAGAAACCCUGACUUUGCAAUGAUCAUGGAGAGGCUGCAAUUUGUGCCUGUUGGAGCAGAUUAGAGGUUGAACACCCGAGUGCGAAAUUUUGCUUUGAGGAUUAAUUAGGUUGAAAAUCCCUAUUUAUUUUGUGGUACUGAUUACUGUACCAUUUAGAAAUUAGGGUGAAUUACCCUUGACAUAUUUUGGUUUUCUCAUUAUUUGUCGGUUUGUCUGUUCUUAUAUAUUGAUAUUUCUAUUAAAAAUAAUUUAAAUUUAAUUUUAUCUAUUAA